GUGCUAAAUUGCAGCAGUUGUGUCAAAGUUCACUAUAUAGAGAGCUCAGUGAGCUGAUCAGAGAGAAAGCAUUCUGCCAGCCAAGCUCCUACUAUUCGCAAUCACUUCCUAACCUCACCCUUUUUAACAUAUUUAAUCACUUUGAUUCUCUGUUCUUUUUCUUAUUAUUUUUCCGUGCAUGAAGGAGGUUCUAUAGGUUGUGAUCUUUUUGUUUUAUUAUCACUUGCUUGUCGGAGAGUUGACUUCAUAUUUGACUAAAGCAUUGUCUUCAGCUGCUCGCACCACCUCACAAGAAGAAAAGGGAGAAGCAGCAAUAUUUGUUUUUAACCAGUUGAUGAUUUUCAUCAAGACUUGAGCUGGAACUUGAUAGCGCUCUGCUGCUAGUGUGUAGCCUACAUCAAUUGUGUGUUUUAUGCUGCUGUCACGUCGCCUACGUUCAACGUACUGCUCCGUUUCUUGAAUAGGCUACCUCAUUUCAUUAUCGCAAUCAUUUGCUAUUUUUUCCCCCUUGACGGAUCUCCUGGAUGGCUGACUGCAAGCGCCCCUGGACUUGGCCUCUAAGUGCAAGGCUGCGAUUCAGCUCGCCAUCACAUCAGUUUUAAAACGUGUGCUUCGCAUCGUCUACAACAGCAAUAGAAUUUGACAUUUUCGAAGAUUCAACGAACAAUCGACAACAGUAGGCUUUUGGCAUUUAUUUAUUUAUUUGACUAUUCAUUUUGAUUACAGCGUACUGCAUUCUUUUGAGAAAACAAGCACCGCAAAACCAAAAACGGCAGACAAAAAGUUUCCUUACGUUGACUGAUAGAUAUGGCAAUGGUAGUGUGGAGAGGCUCCCAGGACGAUGUGUCUGAGACCCAAGGUACCCUUUCUUCGCAAUCUCAAGGAGGACUAUCCCUUCCGACCACUCAGAUGAAUCUGUCAGGCUCUCAGGUCGCCCCUCCGACCCCUCAGACACCCGUCCAAGGACCCCCGAACAACACUGUACAGUCUACGCCGACAAACCAGACGAUGCAGUCGGAGAAACAGCAGCCACAGCACAUAGAAUGCGUUGUUUGCGGGGAUAAAUCGAGUGGUAAACACUAUGGCCAGUUUACUUGCGAGGGGUGCAAAAGCUUCUUCAAACGGAGCGUACGAAGGAACCUCAGUUAUACAUGCCGUGCCAACAGGAAUUGUCCCAUUGACCAGCACCAUCGCAAUCAGUGUCAGUACUGCCGCCUCAAAAAAUGCCUGAAAGUUGGCAUGAGACGGGAAGGUAUUGGGAUUUUUAUUUUCUUGUUGAUUUAUUUGUCCUGUAUGUCGUGCGCUGAAUGAAUUAUGUAAUUGUAUGUGUUGCGGUCUCCGAUAUUCUCUCCCGGAUUCGUCUUCCAUAGGCUGCGCGGCCGAAGCACGGAAGGAGCCGUCAGCAUUUAGUGCUUAAGACCGAUAGUGAAAAACCUACCUUUUAGCGUUCGAAGUGUUAUAUUUCUUAAACGCUAUAUUCAAUAAUGUGGCCUUCACAAACAAUAGUCAUAAGAGUUUGGAUGUAGAUUAUUAGAACUGAAUCGUCCUCUUGAAAGAGACAAAAUGGAUUUGCAUCUGUAUUUGAAUACAAACGCAUAUACAACGUUAUUAUGGCGAGUGUGGAGUGAAGAGACAGCUUGUUUAGAUCCCACACAUUACGUGUCGUGUUAAUCUCGACCAGAAAACUGAGCUGUACGUAGAAAAGGGCAUAUGUGUAUCUUUAGAAUUGUUCUAUUCAAUGAUCAGUCGAAAAUAGUAGUCAAUAUAAAACUAGCCGAAUAGAUUGCUAAGUAGGUUAAGGGUUACAACAUGCAAGGACUGCCUUGCCUUUGUGCUUCUAGUGAGCUCAUGUUGUUGUAGCCAAACAACAAAAUGAAAAUGUAAAACCCAGAUUUAUAACUAGCCUACUUCUAAAAUGUUCCAUAGAGAAUCAUACAUUUUCCGGCCAAUAUGCUUGUAUCGAUCUCUACAGUAAAUAACAGUCAUUGUUUGCAUGUAUGUAGGCUAGCCUAUUUGUUGUAGCCUACGUAUUGUUUUAGUUUAUAAUGUUGGAUCCAUAGAUUUCAUCAUAGCAUUUGAAUAGCAAAAGUAAUGGUUAAACUGGUAUUUAGCAUGUGUAUUCCUCGAACUGCUAUAGUGUAACAACAUUUGGCAUAGCCUCCUGGUCAGGAGGGUUACAAUGUCUCUUGAUGUGUAGAAUUCAGGCAUCAAUAUCUGCAGUUUCUCUUUUUACUGCAGCGGUGCAACGGGGACGGAUGCCACCCACACAGCCACACCAUGGUCAGUUCGCCUUGACAAAUGGGGACCCACUGCACUGCCAUUCCUACUUAUCCGGAUAUAUAUCUCUACUGCUAAGAGCGGAGCCCUACCCAACGUCCCGGUAUGGCAGUCAAUGCAUGCAACCCAACAACAUCAUGGGCAUCGAGAACAUAUGUGAACUGGCGGCCAGGAUGCUGUUCAGUGCCGUGGAGUGGGCUAGGAAUAUCCCCUUCUUUCCAGACCUUCAGAUUACUGACCAGGUGGCUCUGUUGAGGUUGACCUGGAGUGAGUUAUUUGUGCUCAACGCCGCACAGUGCUCCAUGCCUCUCCAUGUGGCUCCACUUCUGGCGGCGGCUGGCCUACACGCCUCCCCAAUGUCUGCGGACAGAGUGGUUGCCUUUAUGGACCACAUUAGGAUCUUCCAAGAACAAGUGGAAAAGCUGAAAGUUUUGCACGUUGACUCUGCUGAAUACAGCUGCUUGAAGGCAAUUGUGCUCUUCACAUCAGGUAAGCUCAAAAUUGCACACAAAAAAACAGAAUAUAUAUAAUUUCCAGUUAUGUGUUUAGAGAAUGUGUUUAGGUCAUUGUUUUAAAACAAUACUAGGCUAGGCAUGCAAUAGAAUAUAUAAACAGUGCACAUUUUCGCGAACGCCUGGCCUGUCCUAAAAUCCCAUAGAGAAUAAAAACAUAGGCCUAUGGCUAUCAACUGCCUGUAGGCCUAUAUCACUGUACUGUUGGGCAUUAGUCAUAAAUGGCCCACCAUUUGCAUUUACUGCUUCGUCAGGCAUAGGCACACUUGAUUCAAUUUGUGUCCACUCCCAUUCAUGAAUUUAGACAUUAAUACUGAAUAACUAGUUUAUUCAUAUUUAAAUUUCCCCCCAAUAAAGCAACAUUUUGUGCCCCUAUUAUACAGUAUCCUAAAUGCGCUGUCCCAAAUAUAUGAACUGAAAUAUAUUUUUGACCCACAUCAUAAAAGUCACUCAAACUAAUAUUUCAGCGGAGACAUGAUAUCAAAAACAAACUGUCGGUAUUUUUAUUGGAGUUACACUUUGAGAAUAGUUUGCUUACCAAUCAAAUAUAUUGUUUAUGUCGGGAAUAGACAUACAACGUAGCCUAUUCUCGCCAGGGAGGGCCAUAAAUUGUAGGGAAUAGCGUAUCUUUUGACGGAAUAGCGUAUCUUAUUGAAGAUUUAAUUAAUAAAAUAACAACUUUGCCUUUCUACCACAUUUAGCCUGAUCACACGACGGACAUUACAGUUAUUUUGGGGAAAUACUUUUCAAUUCCCCUCUGUUCUGUUAGGAAGAUCUAGGGAUCCAAUACAUUUUAUGGACUCCUUCCAGAACUGGGUCAUGACCCAGACUACCCUGCUAUAAGAUUACAUUACAGAAUUAAAGUGGGGAAUUAAAAAAAAGGUGAGAAAAUACACAAACCUACACAGAAUUAAGCAAUCUAAUCUAAUUUAUAAGUUGUUUUUACAAUAAGCCUUCAACAUAUUAUUAUUUUUAUGUAGCUAACAUUUAGCAAACUAGGCUAUUGGUUUAGGCAAAUUCUACAAAAAUACCUGGGUGGUUUAAACAAUAUAUCGUUGUGGUAAUGAAUGCUUCAUUUUGUCUAUUUGAAUCUUUAUUUGAUUGCAGGUAGGCUAUUAUGUAUUCUAUGAAUAGGCUAUGUAGGCUACAAGAGUUUGCACUGCUAAGCUACAUAUCAUUGAUCCACCAUUUUUCUUGAUUAUUACGGUGACUUGGUUAAUACAAUCGCUGUUAGUGGUAUGUUCGGUUUCUAGCCCUUCUUCAAGCGAAAUCACAACGCAGUAGCCUACAGAGGUCACCAUGUCAUAACUCUCUCUCCCUGUCACCGUGCGUUCGUGCGCGCGUGUAUGUGUGUGUGUGUGUGUGUGUGUGUGUGUGUGUGUGUGUGUGUGUGUGUGUGUGUGUGUGUGUGUGUGUGUUCAUGUGUGUGUUAACCCAAACUACUAUUAAAAUGUAAACAUUUGUGAUUGAGUUCGAUGCUUGUCUAGUUGAUUUUAAACAAUUGCCAGUUUCCAAAUAUAAGGCAACAAAAAGGGAAUUUGCCUGUUCUUAUUCACUGCACUACAGUGACACUAAUAAUCACAGAGCCUAUUGAUGUUUAGCCUAUGCACAGGACAUAAACGGCUACGAUUAUUAGACAGUUUCUCAAGAAAACGUGGUUUAUUCAAUGUAAAUUCAACAUUUAUGUAGGCAAACAGACAGGUGUGUCUUCUUUCAAAAUAAAAUAAUGUAGGCCUACUGAAUAUGAUAAUGAUGUUGAUAUUAGUGACGAUAACUGACCUGUUUGAUUUGACAGAGUGAUAUCAAACACUAAAUGUUUGAUUAUACGUAAUCACAGUUGGAUUGUUUUUUAUUGUUUAAUCAAUAUGAAAUAUAGGUUGUGAUAUUAUAGCCUACAAGCACAUCUCAGCGGCCACAGUCAAAAUCAUUAUGAUUUAACGCCGCAAAUAGGGUAUGUUUUCUUUACAUUUACAAGCAGCCCAAAUGACUAAACAUUGUUUGUACUUUAAGCGCACCUGUCACCGUCAUAUAUAUAUUGACAACGAGAGGGAUCUUAUGCAUUAUUAGUGUUCUGUCGUAAAUGUGUGUUGAAUUUUGAGUCCAGCAUGAUUAAGUUUUUUUUUUUUUUUUUUUUUCAGACGCUUGUGGCCUCUCAGAUGUGGCCCAUGUGGAAAGUUUGCAAGAGAAGUCCCAGUGCGCCCUGGAGGAAUAUGUUCGGAGCCAGUAUCCCAACCAGCCAACACGAUUUGGGAAGUUGUUACUUCGCUUGCCUUCACUGCGCACAGUGUCUUCAUCCGUCAUAGAGCAAUUGUUUUUCGUCCGAUUGGUAGGUAAAACCCCAAUUGAAACCCUCAUCAGGGAUAUGUUGCUUUCGGGGAGCAGUUUUAACUGGCCUUACAUGUCAAUUCAGUAA